CGCCAGCCAUUCUGCGUGAGUCACCGUGUGAUUGAUGCGGGCCGGUGUGUUAUAACCACAUCCCUGUUAAGUCGUUGGCCGCAUCACACGGCUGUCAUGCUUAUUUUAAAGGUGGCCUGUGGAAACAUUCCGACCAGCUAACGCGGCUCGGACUACCCUGGCCCCCGCGUCGCGUGCACGGAGCUCUCGCGACCAGCUGUGCGUCGCGGCGCUGCCUCGCGGAUGAGCGACGGCAGGAGGAUGGCACUGCGUUGGACCGUCGGUCUGUGUUCGUCCUCGGUGUUUUAUUAGGGGCUUAAUUAGCUCAUAACUAACGUUUACGGCCGACUGGCGUGGAAGCGACGUUAAACGCGUCCGCCGUGAUUAUGGAAACUGAGUCCAGGUUUAAGGAUUUCUGAUCAGAUUGGCCCUCCAGCUGCCCAAUCAGGCGACAGCCAGGCUCAGUGAGGAGGGAGACCAGCGCUAGAGACCCCUUUACUGCACCCACACUGUGUCACUCCUCACACUCCAUCCUCAGCACCAUGUCCAUCCCCAGCAGCAGCCCAGAAAGGGAGAGCGCCACUGGAGUUCAGCUGGAGUGCCCCUCGUCUCCUCCUGGUUUGGACGCAGACCCCCCAUCAACAGGCAGCCCAGUGCUCAGCCCAGACUCUUCCUCCCAUGAUGCAGUGCUGUCGGCACCCGCAGCCUCUCCUGCAGACUCUGAAAAUCUGAGUCCAGAUGAACUUGAGCUGCUGGCCAAACUGGAGGAGCAGAACAGGUUGCUGGAGGCGGAUUCAAAGUCGAUGCGAUCUAUGAGCGGCUCGCGACGCAACAGCGGCUCCUCAUUGGUGUCCAGCUCCUCUGCCUCCUCCAACCUGUCGCACUUGGAGGAAGAUACCUGGAUCUUAUGGGGCCGUAUUGUUAAUGAGUGGGAGGAGUGGAGACGCAAGAAGGACAAGCUUCUGAAGGAGUUGAUAAGGAAAGGUAUUCCCCAUCAUUUCCGUGCCAUCGUCUGGCAGCUGCUGGGCAACGCCACCGACAUGCCGGUGAAGAACCAGUACUCUGAGCUGCUGAAGAUGUCGUCUCCCUGCGAGAAGCUAAUCCGUCGGGACAUCGCCCGCACCUACCCGGAGCACGAGUUCUUCAAAGGCCAGGACAGCCUGGGGCAGGAAGUGCUCUUCAAUGUCAUGAAGGCAUACUCCCUUGUAGACCGAGAGGUGGGUUACUGCCAGGGCAGUGCUUUCAUCGUUGGCUUGCUGCUAAUGCAGAUGCCAGAGGAAGAGGCCUUUUGUGUUUUUGUGCGACUGAUGCAGGAGUACCGUCUGAGGGAACUGUUCAAACCCAGCAUGGCCGAGCUUGGCCUCUGCAUCUACCAGUUUGAAUAUCUUCUACAGGAGCAGCUUCCAGAACUGAACGUCCAUUUCCGCUCCCAGAGUUUCCACACAUCCAUGUAUGCCUCUUCCUGGUUCCUCACCCUCUUCCUCACCUUCCUCCCUCUACCUGUCGCCACACGCAUCUUUGAUAUAUUCAUGUAUGAGGGCCUAGAGAUUAUCUUCCGUGUGGGUCUGGCCAUCCUGCAGUACAACCAAACCGACCUCAUUCAGCUCGACAUGGAGGGAAUGUCACAGCAUUUCCAGAAGGUGAUCCCCCACCAGUUCGACAGCUGCCCCGACAAACUCAUCCUCAGGGCCUACCAGGUCAAAUACAACCCCAAGAGGAUGAAGAAACUUGAGAAAGAAUACACCACAAUUAAGAACAAAGAAAUGGAGGAGCAGAUUGAAAUAAAGAGAUUACGCACAGAAAACAGGCUGCUGAAGCAGAGGAUUGAAACACUAGAGAAGGAGAGUGCCGCUCUGGCAGACAGACUGAUACAGGGUCAGGUGACUCGAGCACAGGAAGCAGAGGAGAACUAUGUCAUCAAACGGGAGCUGGCGGUGGUGAGACAGCAGUGCAACACGGCCAGCGAGAGCCUGGAGAAAGCCCAGGAAACCAUCAGGGAGCUGCAGCAGCAGACGUACACAGAGCAGUUUGUGAACAACCUGCAGACGCAGCUGGAGCAAUCCCGGCUGCGCGAGGCCGAACUGCUCGGCGCGCUGAAAGAAAUGCAAGACAAGGUGCUCGAUCUGGAGAAGAGGAGCAGCUGCCUACCUGAUGAAAACAACUUGGCUGCGCUGCAGGAAGAAGUGAAGCAGAUGAAGCUGCGGGAACUGGAGACGCUGCGGUCGUUCAGAGAGAUGCAGGACACUGUCACUGACCUCAACCAGCGCUGGCAGCAUCACAUGUCACGCAGCAGCAGCACCGGCGGCGGCGGAGGCCACUGGAAGGAAUCCCCGAAGAAGAAUGCGAUGAAUGAGUUGCAGGACAAACUGAUGACCGUCAGAUUGCGGGAGGCCCAGGCCCAGGCUGAACUCCGGGAGGUCAAACUCAAAGCCUUGCAGCUGGACAGCCAGAACCAGAUCCACAGCAAACUGAUUGGUCGUCAUGAGCAGGAACGCUCGGCCCUGCAGGAUCGGCUCCAGAUGGUAGCCAAUCAGAACAAAGCUCUGCAGGCCCAGCUCAACGAGAUGAAAAGGAAGCAGGCGGAGUCGGACUGCAAGAGUAAAGAAGAAGUGAUGGCAGUGAGGCUGAGGGAGGCCGACAGCAUGGCUGUCAUGGCUGAACUCAGACAGAAGAUUGCUGAACUUGAGAUACAGAAAGAAGAAGGGCUGAUCAAGGGGCAGCUGAACCACUCAGACUCCAGGCAGUACAUCAGCCAGCUCCGGGACCAGAUUGCUGAGCUGAAGAAUGAGGUCAGGCAGCUGCGAGGGCAGAAGGCGGCGCCGAGCUCCCGGAUCGGCUGCGGCGGAGGAAGCACCAACUACCAGGACCUGCACUUGGCCAGCCCCACCUCCGCCGAGGGAGACUACCUUAGCUCAGACGAAGACCUCCUCAACAGCCCGCUACCCGCCACCGCCCUUUACCCCACGCUGUCCGACCCAUGUCACCCGUCUACCCAGCUCGACAGCGAAGGCAGCACGGACAGCGAGGCAGAGGAACGGGUACAGACACAUCCAGACCCGCAGCAGCUUUACAGCAACAUGGUGUGUGCUGAUGUGCUGGACAACUGAGACCUGGAAAGGCUCUAGUCGUUCCUUUGCAUUUUUUCCACCCUAAGGAAAAUCUAGGGGCAACUCUUACUGUUGAUUUUCUUAAUCAGUCCGAUCCUCUUUGGCUUUCCCAGUGUUUACCGUUCGUGUGACGCAGACAUGGUGGCACUGAAUGACCGUCUUCUGUCCAUCUCCUCCUGUCGUCUCUGUUCCUGAGCGUCUCAACAUCACCAAAAAGUCUUAUCCAGUGUUCCUUCAAGAAAUGACGACGUAAGGCCGCUCUCCAUAUCCGUGUGCCAGAAACUGCAUAUCCUUCGAAACAUAAUCACCCAACAUGCAUACAGAGAGGACUGACUGCAUCACAACUGCUGCUGCUCGCUGCUCAAGAUGUGUGACCACAAGGUGGGGAAAGAUGGGAAACCACAUUUCCUGAGUCUCUACGAAUGGAGAUUUUCUCCCAUAACACACUGUAUACCCUAACUUCUCCUUCCUGGUUGGCUCAGAGUUAAAAACAGCAUCAUAAUCACUUUUCUCCCUCAGAAGAUCCAUCCAUCCUUUCCGAUUUCUGUGGAAACAUUUUUUUUUCCCCCCCCAACAAUAUGAAGGUUGCUGUAGAGGAACAUACACACGCCGUUCGGUUACAUAACAAGAUGGUUUUCCAAAUAAUUCAUAUUGAAUACUUGUCUUGUCUGUGUGUAGCUUGCAGUUGCCAAGAAGCAAGCAUGUUAAUGCAACAGUUCAUCUUUAAACUGUUUCAAAACAGCCUGCAGAAAAGGCAGAAAGUCAAAGUUGCCAAAUCGUUUUCUUUUUUUUUCAUUAUUAUUUAUAUGUUUUAACUUAUUUUGGUAUGUUUCUUUCUUAUUAUUUUUUUAUAUAUCUGUAUAAACUUUAGUCAUUAUAGGGAUACCAAUAGAGGCCAAACUUUACACCGUCCUUUGUGCCAACCUGUCAUUUCUUGUGGGUUUACUGUGACACUGUUUCAGAGACAGAAAGAUGUGCUGCUAUGAUUUUGGAUUUAUCCUCUUUUGUUUUUUUAUUUUAGUUGUUUUAGAUCACUGCUUUACUGAAAACAUGUCACUUUUUCUUAUGUGCCACAGUCUAAAGUUGGGAGUUGCUUUACAAAAGGAGAAACAAAAACAAUUAACCGUUUUCUUUACACUAAGCACUCAUAAGUUUGGUCUUUAUUUCGCUGUCUUUUGACAUUUAGCUUAACAUGGAGAGUUAAUGUUUGCUUUCUCUGAAACUAAGGGCAUAUCAUGUUUAACAGUAAACACUGAAACACUGUGCAACAUUGAGUACAAAAGCAUUAAUGAGAGGAAAAUAUAAACUUAGCUGCAUUAUUCAUCUGACAAUUUCUGACAGAUCUUUUAGAAUUAGCUAUCACAAAAAACCCAAUUAAAGUUUUUGAGUUUAACGUCUUAGAGGAAGAAUUUUCUCUAACAGUGCCACAGUGUUUUAGUUAAUCCUAACCACUUCAGUGUUCCUGGUGAAUAGAUUUGAUUGCUUUUUGAACGAGACAAGCUUGUUUCUUCAUUUGGGGUUGCCAAACGUCACUUAAAAUAUGAAUUUCAUACCUAAAAAAAGCGUUCUGCACAAAUUGGAUGCGGUCCAUAAUUGGUUUGAUAUUUUUAAAGUCUGUGCAAAUCUGUUCACUGAUCAUAAUCACAUCGGUAAACCAUUGAUACUUCCUAUUUCGAUCAGUUUCUUUUUAUUUGUGUUUCUCAGUAAUCCAAACAGCAAAACCAUCAGUCACUGGUCGUAAGUCUCUCGUCAUCUACGACUGAUCAGGUUUGCAGAACAUUGUCUGAAAUUAUUCUUUAUUUCAACUAUAUGCCUUGAUUUUUUUUUCAGUCUAGCCAGUAGAGGAUAAUUCAUUAAUAAUGUAUCCCUUUAAAACAAGCAAAAGCCUUUUUUGAUCUAUAGAAAACAUAUAAAAUAUAACAGAUAGCAUUUAAUUUGGUCGAACAUCGAGCCCUACAACAUGUCUGAAAUAUGUGUUGGUUUAGAUGCAUUCUUGUUAUGAAUAGUGCAUGUAUACGAGGACCAAAGGUGUGAAACUCGCAGUAUUCUGUUUCAUCAAGAUAUUGUACAUUACACAGUCCUGUUUUAGUUUUAUUUUUCUGUCAUAUUUAAGAAUUUACCAACCAUCUGGGAAUUAAUUGGUACGCAAGAGAAACAAAACAUUGAAAUGUACCAGUGAGAGAGACAGAUUAGUUUAUGCAGUAUUCUCUGUUUGUAGUUGUUAAAAGCUGGCAACCCUGUCUGAUUUGUUUCACCAUCAAUUAGCUUUGCAUUAUCAGUAAUUCUGCUCAACUGGAGUAAAACGUUUACUUUUAUUGGUAAAAGUUUAUUUACCAAUAUCACAUUUCGACAGGUCAAAAUGUCUGCCACUUUAUUUUGCGAGGAUGUUAACCAAACUUCUUUGAAAAUGGAAAGUGUGACUGAAAAAUAUUUUCCAUAUCAAACAUAGUGUUGUUUUGUUUAAACACACAGUAUUAGCUACGGUGUAAUUCAGAUAUUUAAAGCUAUAUCACGGUUGGUCAGGUCUUGAGUAGUUUGAAAAGUGAAUAUGUUAUCAAAUAGGGUGUUUUCAUAUAAAGCAGCCAUGUUUGCUUUUUUGCACUACAAAGAAAGAUUGAGGGGAAAAAAAGUUAGAAGAAGAUGAGUAAUUUUUGGAAAUGCAUAUAAAUUAUUUCUCAUUAUUUUCAUCUACAGAAACAGAUUUAAUGGGUGAAUGGUUUAUGUCCAACACUUCUUCAGGUGCUUUACUUCACUUCAUUGUCAAAUUUAAAAUUAAGUUAAUAUCAGGAAAUCGAUCCUAAUCCUUGUAGUUUAUUCUGUCUCUUUAAGGGCAUCCAGUUCAAACGCUUGUUUUCCUCUGAACAAUUUUGUUGAAGAAGCAUUGAAACUUUUAAAAUAAGCUUCACAGCCACACCUUUGAUCAACUUAAGUUGUACUGUUACUUAAGUUUCUUCAUUUUCCAGCAUGUUUGCAACACUUUGGUAAAGAAUUCCUCCCCCGUAACGUUUCUUUACGUUGUCCAAAUGAAACCAUGACAAAAUGCAGCCUCGAUGCCAUCUCCUGCGAAAUAAGGAAACUGGGUCCUCCAGCACUGGCCAUCAGAGCUGCAAAGAGGAUGUUGGCUUCCCCACCACACUGUUGCAAAUAACAGCCUUUUGGUGUCAACAGCUGGAUGUAGCAACUGAAAUCUCGACACUGGAAUUGGUAUCGAGAUUUUGGAUACUGUCGGGCAAAAAAGAAAUAAAUAAAUGAAAUGUAUAGGCCUCUAUAUGGGGUCAAUCAUAUUAAUAAUACAAUAGGUAACGAGUGCACCCCUGUGCAACAGCUGGCUAAAGAUGCUAAAGGGCAAUUUUGCUCUUUUUGUUUUGGACUGUUGGUUCAAAACCUGAAUGCUCAAACCUGAACCUCAUAAUUAACCUUUAAAGUUGAUUUCAAAAGGAGUUAAAGGGGUAAGAAUGAAUAAAUUAAUCAAAUAUUGAACUUACGGGGAAAUUACUCUGAGAGGAAACGAAAUAAUCAGUUCCUGACACACAUCCAACAUCGGUGAACUGCUCCUCAGUGAUGGUGCUCUGUUCUCACCACAGUCUCAACCCAACUAGAUCAACUGUGAUUACUUUUUUAUCAUUUGUAAAUUAGUUUCAAUAUGGUAGCAUUAACCUUCAGUGUCAUAAUCACUACUUUGACUUGUUAGCAGUACUACAGUAUGUGAGAAAAUGAUCAAACGUGCCAUAAAAGUUAGGAGAUUAUUGCAUUAUAUUACCGUUUUUGUCUUGAGUUUGAAGCUGUUUUACAUGGGACACACUGUGUUACUCCAGUUUAUCACCCUGGAUUAGUCAACAAAAAGAAAAGUUUUUCUUUCAGAUCGCCUGAUCUGGGAUUCCUCUCAUCCCUGUACUGUAUGUGACUGCUGUUUCAUACCCACAGCAUCCAGCCUCUCAUGCAGUUCAACUCAUGUUGUCAGACAUAUUAUUAUUAUUAUUAUUAUUAUAUGACAGUAAAAUGGUAUAGAUUUCAGUAUGAUGGGGAUAAAUACAUUUCAGUGUCCUGUAUCCUAUGAAUGAUGCAAAAUAAACUUUGACAUUGCACCUUU